CCGAUAGUAAUACUACACCUCGCAAUUGUAUCGAAAUAUUAGCUUCAAAACCAGUAUAUAACCAAGAAUGCUCACGUUAACAUGUACAAAGCUUACUAGAUGCAUAUCUGCUUAAAAGGAAAUGUUCCUGAAUAAGCGAUCACGACAUCAAGCGUCUGUAGAUGCAACAUUGUAUGUAACGUCAUUUAAGUAAUUAAAGCACCAAACUGAACUAAAAUGGAGCUCUGGAAACAGCCAGAAAUUGCUGAGAGUUACGCCAAAAAUAACAAUAUUACUUACCCUGCUGCGGUUGCACAAUACGUCUUGGAACGCCUGAUGACAUCGCGUGAUAAUUCCAAGCUGGAGCUGAUUGUAGACGCAGGCUGCGGUAACGGCCGUUCCUUGAAAUGGUACUUGCCAUAUUUCCAUCGAGCUGUUGGCUUUGAUGCCAGUGAGUUUCAAAUUGACAAUGCUCGAAAGUUAAACAAGUCACCAAAAGUUUCCUAUUUUGUUGGACAAGAAAAUAAAAUAGCCGUGGAGGACGGAUCUGUUGAUCUUAUUAUCGCUGCCGGAUCAGUGCAUUACAUGAAUGUCAAUGACUUCGUUUGUGAGUGCAACCGAGUGCUGAAGCAAAAUGGCAUGGUUGCAAUUUACAAUCAUGAGUACUGCGAGUUGAUAGUGGAUGAUCAACCAACACAGGUAACGCAGAGGAAUGAAAAGCCAAAAUUUGUUUCAGGAUUCGACAUAUUUGACACUUUUUACCAACAGCCCGUUAAAAAUUAUUUUUCACGUGAAAACCAUCCUAACUUCGACGACCUGUGCUUUUACGACCAUUUAUAUAGUGAAAUUUCUGGCAUGAAGAAAGAAAAAAAGAAUGGCCCAACAUUAGAUUAUUAUUUGUCCUUGAAGGAAUUUAAAGAUCACUUUCUGUCCGAGCCUGCAUACAAAAAGCAUCACGAAUUAUUCCCGGAAAAUUCUGCUCCACUCAAUGUAAUGGGGCAAAAAUUAAAAUGCCUAAGUAAUACUCCAGAAUUAAAAGACGAAGAACUGAUAUUAAAAGUGACAGUAUUAUUGCACGUCAUAUUUUUAUCAAAAUAUUAGUUUCAAUCAUAUCUUUACAAUUCUGUAUUCUGCAUAUUAAAAAUUAUAUCUCUAUUAUAGUAUUAUUGUUUAUAUAUAUUAAUUGUAUUGAUAUUGUUGUACUGAUAAAGUUUAUCGAUUGCAGUUCAUGAUGUGGAUAACGAACGCACAAGUUUCAAGUUUGUUUUUUGCUGCAGAACAUAUA